AUGCCGCCCACCAGCUCAACACCGUCGAUACGAAUAUAUGAUUCCGGCCCAUUGCACCUCCACCCGCUCGCACAUCACCACCGCUCUUCCCUGCCCUCCUACUCGACCUCCUCCGCCGCCAUGGCCAUCCCUCGUGCUCGCGAAGAGGUGCCUCCACCCUUGCCUCCUCCCCGUUACAUCGAUGACCUCAAUGAAGGCCAAGAUCCUGGUUGGAAAUGGGGCAACAGGAACAACAGCUCCAUUGGCGGAUCGGCUAGCGUCAAGGAUGGCUCUAGCCUCCGGGGUGGUGCUUCCGUGGGGAUAACUGCACACAGAGCGCGAGAGCUUUCCAUCUCACGGUCACCCGACGACAUGGGCUCUCCAGAGAGUGAAGAUGACUACAAGAAUCCUGCCAAUGGCAGCGGCAACGAUGCCGGGAAGCAUCGGCCAUCCCUCGCAGAUCACAGGUACGUUCUCGCACAUCUUGGCCAGAAAGCUCUACAGAGCUCGUCGCAAGCCUAUGAUAAACAACUCCUCUCCAAGAUCGGCGGACCCAACACACCGAACACGCCUACCCGUACUACGGCGCCUCCUCUGCUCUCGGUCAGCGCGCAAGAGGCAGGCACUACUCCCUUCAGUAAGCUCAAUGGCCAACUGAAGCCUCUGUCAGUCCCCGACCGAUUGAACCCCUCACUCGAUUCGCCCAUAUCCACCUCAAGAUGGCCGCCUUCGGGCGCAAUUUCUCCCGCAUUCUCGGGAUUUCGAAGUCCCGUAUACGAGCCCAAUUCGGCCGUGGAGCCCCAGCAGCGCAGAUACGGGAGUGUGUCAACUCCAGGGACCUUGGACGAGAUCAGCGUGUCCUCUACCCAUCCUCGCGGUAGCUACGAUCAUAGCAUCUUCUCAGAUCCCGAUUUCCACAUGGAAGAGAGCGCCAUGCGCGACCUCAAUAUCAAUGAUCGGACCGGUUCGGAGGAGUAUCAGGGCUGUAAGGUGGGCUCGAAACGACGUGCUUCGUCGCCGCCCUCGGAGGCUGCGCGUGAAGAUCGCCCGAUAGCAGGUGGCAACCCUGAAUCCAGCCUGUACCACCGCCGCUCGGCUCAAAUGCUCGUCAGCCGCAAUUCCCCCGUGUCACGCUUCCCGGCAAACCAGGGGUCGCACUCAACAGCCUCGUCCUUGAGCCAACGCACAGCAUCAUUUCCGUCAUCGUCAUAUGGCAUCUCACAAGCCAGCAGUCUGACCAGCUACAGCGGUGAUCAACGACUAUCCCCAAGCGCAUUAUCCCCCUCAGCGGAAGCGGACCUGGUCCCUGUCUCACCUUAUGCAGCUAAUAGGUCACUAAACCCUAGCCCGCGCGCUUCCCUUUCCAGACCGCACCACCACCGUGGGCUCUCAGAGCAUGAGCAUUCGCAGAGUCGCAAAAUGUCUACAGACAGUAUUCUCCAGUCACGAAACAAUUCAGUCUCUGGCCGACUUCCGGGUGCAUUCAUUUGCGAGUGCUGUCCUAAAAAACCGAAGAAAUUCGACAGUGAGGACGAAUUACGCAUGCACGAACUAGAGAAGCAAUAUACGUGCGCCUAUUGUCCUAAUCGGUUUAAAAAUAAAAACGAGGCAGAGCGCCAUCAAAACUCGCUCCAUCUGCGGCGUCACUCGUGGUCAUGUGCUGCAUUGGCUGGUGUUCAAGCUGCUUUUCACUCGGCGCCAUCACAUGUGGCUACUGCCGAUGUGUGCGGGUACUGUGGAGAAGAGUUCCCAAAUCCUCCGAAUUGGGAGGCCAGGUCUGAACACCUGAACCAUGUCCACAAAUUCGGAGAGUGCAAUGCUGCAAAGAAAUUCUACAGACCGGAUCAUUUUAGACAACAUUUGAAGCAUAGCCAUGGCGGUGUUAGCGGAAAAUGGACAAACAUGCUCGAGAAUGCAUGCAUGAAGGACGAACAGCCCCCAUCAAAAGAUCGUGUGGGUUCGAUCGGGUCCAUCACGGGAUCUUCAGUACCGAGCCCACUAAAACCAGAUGUUAUUAACGAAGUACACGACGAAUCAUGA